AAAGCCGGCUUUGAUUGACGGCAGUUUUUUUUUUGUUGUUGUUAAGCUCCUUAAUAGAAUGAGAGAUAACAAUAAGAUCUCUAGAAAGCCAAAAAAAAAAAAAAUUAAAAAGUAUAGAAGGGGGGGAUCGUGUAAAAGAACUUGGUUCCUCCAUUAAAACCGGAAAGAAAAUGAGGUGUGGGAACCCAUCGAGACAGUUAGAAGAAUUUAGUUUUAGUAAAGAAUGCGUAGAUCAAGUUGGAAAGCAAAUAUUAUUUUACUUCAGCAAUUCUAAUUUAAACAAAGAUAGAUUUCUAAGACAGAAAAUACAGCAAAGUGAAGAUGGAUUUAUACCUCUUAAGGCUAUAUCCGAAUUUUCACGUAUCGCAGCUUUUCAAUUGACUCUUCCGGAACUUUCCUUCAUUUGCCAGUCACUUCCAGGAAUAAAAAUUUCCAGUGACCGAACACAGAUCGGGAGACUAGAGCCUCUUGCUGAGAUUAGAAAUGUGGAUGAAUAUACAGUUUAUGUGGAAACUUUACCGAAAGAAACGGAUCAUGACCGCCUAAAAGUUCUUUUUGAGCAAUUUGGAGAAGUUGUCUAUGUGAGUAUCCCAAAGUUCGAGAAUAAAAAGAUCAAAGGUUUUGCUUUUGUCGAGUUUAGUUCAAAAGAAGCUGCUCUCAAAGCCGCUGAAGCGACUUAUAAAAUAGUUCUCUCUGGCCGUUUCCUUCGCGUCUUAAAAAAAACCGAGUGGCUGCGCCUUCGAAGGAUUUACAUCAAACUGCUUAAUUCCCGCUCUGAAAAGAAAAAAAAAACGGGUGAUGCCGUGGACGCUAAAGUCGGGGUUGUAGAGAGCAACACUCUGACGAUGAUUCCAAACGUCUUAGUUGUUUUAAAUAAUUUACACGAAGAUUCUAAAAAGCUUCUUUUAGGAAGCAGGAUAGAGAAGCUCGUACCAUUUCAAUUUCUAGACUUUCCGCGAUGCAGCACGAAGGCAGUUGUGCGUUUCUCUUCUCAAGAAGAUGCACAAAAGUUCUGUGACAACUUUGAUCCGAAGGAAGACUGCUCGGGAGCUGCGGGAGGUGAAACCAUCAAAGUCAGCUUAUUGACAGGUGAUGCUGAGGUGGAGUACUGGAAUAAACUUUUGGCAAAGUUGGGCCAGAGACCCACCCUCGACGAGACGCCUCCUGACGAGAGUAGUACAGGACUCAAGAGUAAGAAAAAAAGAAAAAAGCGAAAUAAAAGCGAAGCCAUACACAUUUUGUUUGAUGAUGUUGAGGAACGUUGUGAGGCUAGCUCCCUCGCCUCCGUUAAACGAAUAAAGCCAGAUUAA